AUGAAGGGGAUGCUGCUUCUGCUGGCCUUACUGGCGAUGGGAGAGCUGGGCUUCCAGACAAGUGAGAAAGCAUGCAUUCCUUUCCUGGAACUCAUGGUUGCCACAGUCUCUGGAAACAGGCAUUUCCUGGAUUUGUCCACUGCUAAAUUCAAUGCUACCACCGAGGAAAUCAUGGCCUUCAGGAAAAUCCAGGAUUGCUACAAUAAUGGAGGACUCUGGAGGAAAGCUUUGGAACCCAAUGUUAUGGAACUCAGGUGCCUGUGGUACUUUCUAAAGGACAUGCUGCUGGUGGCCACAUACUGGGAUGUGUUCGUUCGGCUGCUGUGUUGGAUUCAGUAUCCUGUGUCUAUACAGGGUCCAACUGCCGGAGAUGAAGGCGUAGAGCCCUAG